AAACGACUAAACGAACAAACAGUAACCCCCGACUCUUAUUUACAAACCCUAACCCUUAUUCUCUCUAUCUUCAAUUCCAGUCUAUACACACAGAUUAUACACACAAAUCUGCAUUAUCACCACCAUCAAUGGCGUCCGCGAAAGAUUCGGACCCUUCUCUCGGCUACCUCACGCGCAAAGAGACGGAGGUGAAGCUCCCGCGCCCAACGAGAGUCAAAAACAAGACUCCGGCGCCGAUCCAAAUCACCGCCGAGCAAAUCCUCCGAGAAGCUCGCGAGCGGCAAGAAGCGGAGAUCCGACCGCCCAAACAGAAGAUCACAGACUCAACCGAGCUCUCCGAUUAUCGUCUCCGAAAGCGCAAGGAAUUCGAGGAUUUGAUUAGGCGAGUGCGGUGGAAUAAGAGCGUGUGGGUCAAGUAUGCCAAGUGGGAGGAGUCUCAGAAGGAUUUUAACCGAGCGCGGUCGGUUUGGGAGCGAGCGUUGGAUGUCGAUUAUAGAGAUCAUACAAUGUGGCUCAAGUAUGCUGAUGUGGAGAUGAAGAAUAAGUUUAUUAAUCAUGCUAGGAAUGUUUGGGAUAGGGCGAUUACGUUGUUGCCGAGAGUUGAUCAGUUGUGGUAUAAGUAUAUUCAUAUGGAGGAGAUGUUGGGGAAUGUGGCAGGCGCGAGGCAGAUUUUUGAGAGGUGGAUGAGUUGGGAGCCGGAUACGCAGGCGUGGUUGAGUUAUAUUAAGUUUGAGUUGAGGUAUAAUGAGAUAGGGAGAGCGAGGGGGAUUUUCGAGAGGUUUGUAGAGUGUAGGCCGAAGGUGAAUGCGUGGAUUAGGUUUGCUAAGUUUGAGAUGAAGAAUGGGGAGAUUGGGAAGGCGAGGAGUGUUUAUGAGCGGGCGGUUGAUAAGUUGGCGGAUGAUGAGGAGGCGGAGAGUUUGUUUGUUGCUUUUGCAGAGUUUGAGGAGAGGUGUAAGGAGACGGAGAGGGCAAGGUUUAUAUAUAAGUAUGCGCUUGAUCAUAUACCCAAAGGAAGGGCGGAGGAUUUGUAUAGGAAGUUUGUGGCAUUUGAGAAGCAGUAUGGUGAUAGGGAAGGGAUUGAGGAUGCGAUUGUUGGGAAGAGGAGGUUUCAGUAUGAGGAUGAAGUGAGGAAGAAUCCGUUGAAUUAUGAUUCUUGGUUUGAUUAUAUUAGGUUGGAGGAGAGUGUUGGGAACAAGGACAGGAUUAGGGAGGUCUAUGAACGCGCCAUUGCUAAUAUUCCUCCGGCUGAAGAGAAGCGUUAUUGGCAGCGGUAUAUAUACCUUUGGAUUAAUUAUGCCUUGUAUGAGGAACUUGAUGCACAGGACGUGGAGCGAACCAGAGAUGUUUAUAGGGAGUGUAUAAAGUUGAUUCCUCAUAAUCAGUUUUCCUUUGCAAAAGUCUGGUUGCUGGCUGCCCAGUUCGAGAUAAGGCAAUUAAAUCUCAAAGGUGCUCGGUCGAUACUUGGACAAGCUAUUGGGAUGGCCCCUAAGGACAAGAUAUUUAAGAAGUACAUUGAAAUUGAGCUUCAACUCGGCAAAAUAGACCGAUGCAGAAAGCUGUAUGAAAAGUACUUGCAGUGGUCACCAGAAAAUUGCUAUGCUUGGAGUAAGUUUGCGGAGUUGGAAAGAUCUUUAAGUGAAACAGACAGAGCUAGAGCCAUUUUUGAGCUGGCAAUUGCUCAACCUGCACUGGAUAUGCCAGAAUUGUUAUGGAAGGCAUACAUUGACUUUGAGAUAUCUGAGGGCGAAUUUGAAAAAACGAGACGACUUUAUGAGAGACUUCUUGAGCGUACAAAACACUUGAAGGUGUGGAUUAGCUUCGCAAAAUUUGAGGCAUCUGCUAUGUUAGAGGAUCAGGAUCCUGAAUUGCCUGAAGAAGAAACAAAGCAGUCCCUUGGUGCACAGCAGCUUCAGUGCCUCCAGAAUGCCAGAAAGGUUUUUGAGAGUGCUAUCAACUACUUCAGGACAUCUGCUCCUGACCUGAAAGAGGAAAGAGCCAUGUUACUAGAAGAAUGGUUAAACCUGGAGAGCAGUAUUGGCGAGCUUGGGGAUGUAAGUUUGGUGCGUGCAAAGAUGCCCAAAAAACUCAAGAAGAGGAGGCUUAUCGACACCGAUGAUGGUCCUGCUGGUUACGAGGAGUACAUCGACUACAUCUUCCCUGAAGAAACACAAGCCCCAAAUAUGAAGAUUUUAGAAGCUGCUUACAAGUGGAAGAAGCAAAAGACGGCCAGCGACCAAGACUGAAAGCAUUGUACUAAUAAUACCUUUGUUGUAUUUGGGAAAUGCAUAAAUGAUGAAAAAUACACAUGUUUGCACACUGUAGAACAACUUUCCGAUAAUUCAUUUGCAAAUUAUCUUUCA